CAUGUCCUCAGAAACUAAACAGAAAGCUUGGGCAACUUCAAUUAGUGCGAUUAUCGCUAUUAUUUUUAAUAAGCGAUCGAAAACUCCUUCUCUUUAUGGUUGGAUUAUUUUAUUAAUAUUUUUCCUACUUUUCUUGACUUGGAGAAGGAGUGAGAAUAGAGGUAAAAAGGAUGAGGCAUCGAUAGAGAUUAAUCCGAAAUUCUUUCCGCUUAGGAAUGUGCAUCAGGAUCAAAUUCCGUUUUUGCACCUGGAAGAGAAAAUUAAUCCUCGUUAUGGUCCAGCCAACCCGAAACAAUUCCCUGUUAAUCUAAUUCAUCAACCCAAAAUGAACUGCCAGAAGAUGGCGCAGUUUGUCAUAAUUUUGGUAUUCUCUCCUCCUGAACACACCGGACACCGAAAGGCAAUUCGCUCCAGCUGGGGCCAGGCUUUACAUUUUCGACAGGUCAAGGGCCUAACUAAGGUCAAUUGGAAAGUUAUAUUCGUGAUGGGAAUGUCCAAUAACAGAUUCGAAAGGGACGUGGCCCAGGAGAGUAAGUCUUAUUCGGAUAUUUUACAAGCUGAAUUCAACGACUCACCCUAUGAGGGCACUAGAAAAUUAAUGACGGCUUUCAACUAUUUGUCUGAUAAUUUAAAGGAAGCCUGCUCAACGAAAUUUAUUCUAAAGCUAGAUGACAAUAUAUUUCUCAAUAUGCCGUCAAUUAUCCCUUGGCUAUAUAACAAAUGGGGUGACAAACCAAAAAAUCUUUACGUGGGAAAGCGUUUACGGAAAGAUAGGCCUAUUCGCUUGUCGAGUCAUCCAAAAUACGUCUCAAAAGAAGACUUUGAACCAAAUAUAUUCCCCGACAUGAUUGAGGAGCCGGUCUUUUUAUUAUCCACCGAUACCCUUCUAAAGUUGGUACUAGCUUCGAAAAGAGUGGUUCCAAUUAGACCCGAUGAUGCUUACCUAGGUCUUUUAGCAAAGGAAGCUAAAAUAAAGCCAAUUCAUAACGACCACUUUCAAAUGAUUAGAAAUAUAGAGGGCGCUUGCCAUCAUUUGAAGAUGUUUUUUAUUUUUAAUAUCUUUCCUUCCCAACACCUCUCUAUAUUCCGGAAAUUAAAAUCAGUUCGUCAAAGUAAAGAAUGUCAAGAUGCCGAAUUAGUUGAUAGAGAGAGUAUAAAUAAAAUUGAAGGAUUUUAA